AUGGAAAUACUAAAAGCUUCACCGGUGCCCCAGGAAAACAUCUUUCCCCACACAACGGAUCUACCCGUCGACGGCUGCGAUCUUCCCGGCCCCGAGAACCAAGUUUCACAAGAAGACGCCUGGUGGGGUGACAUCCCGGUUUCCGCCCCAGGGGGCCCGGUCCCCAAGGGGUCUUUCGGAGCCUUAUUGAGGAAACUCAAAGGAGUGCCGGCUUGUGUGUGGGUUGUAAACCAACACGACGAGGAGAUCACCGUCGUGGUGUCCAAGCAUCGCCCUUGCCGGAUGCUCACGGGGUUCGAGGUCAAUCUAUCAACAACCGGUGGAGGGAUUGGCUUGAGCCAAACAACAUAUGUAGGCCCUGCUACGAAGAAGACUCUCCAACCCGAAUCGAAAACCAAGUCGGAAUCGAGAGCUACAUUUCCUCUGUGGACAAGCAAAGACGGCUUCGCUGUGGUCACCGUAUUCAUAGGCGCAGAAAAGAGACUACAUAUCGAGAAUGAUAGAAUAUUGGCUGGCGCUACGGCAUAUGUUGGACAUGGGCCGGAUUUAAGGAUUGAGCCAUAUGGGCAGGCGUCAGAUUAG